UACGGAGCGUGGAAGAAGCGACGGCGGCAGCGGCGAAGCAACGCUUAAGCCGAGCUUGGAGAUUUUUUUCGUAACAGAAAAAAAGCGACUUUUUAUUCGUUAAUUAACCGUCGAGCGGGCCAGAAGUCCGAGUUCGUGCGCUCGAGGAAGGGGUGUGAAAAGCGCUUAACGGAAGUGCAGAAAACCGGGUAGCUAAUUGAGCACACCUCUCCGUUGACACCUGACACUCCAGCUGGGCACCCAGUACGCCGUACCCAUUUACCUGUUAUAGUGACAAAAACAAAUCGAAAUCGCUCCAUAUACAUAACUUUCUUCAGAAGCCGGGUGUUAAUGUCUCAAUUUGUCGCCACAACUUGAACAACUGCAGUUGCCUUUCGACCGCGUUACCUUCACCAUCGUUUGAAUUUGUGACGCGUGUGCUAGAAACUGGGGAACUUACUCAGUUCCUCAGUGAGUGAUUCGAAAUUUAUGCAAAUCAGUGGCGAAAAUAAUUAAUGCUUUGGGUGUCAAACGUUAACAGCAUUUCGCAAUAGAAGACCCACACCCGCAUAGACUCAAACGUGCUCUCACAACGAAACCAAUAAGCAGACAGAUCUUAUCAGCUUCUCAAGAAAAAAAAUGUUGUUUUGGAAGCGUCUUCAGCGAUCGAGCAGCUCCUCAAGCAGUGCGAUUCAGGAGCGUCGUUUUUUUGGCAUCCUCCGCUCGGCGAAAAGAAAGGACGCUGUCACAUCCCUACCCACGUACCGUCAGAAUAAUGUCGAUGCCGUUCCCACCGCUGCUCCGGCUGAAGAGGGACUUCAACUGGGUUACGAAGAAGCUGGAACUGUAGGACUGCAGGCUCAGCAGAACGACUACGUGCUUGAGGAGUCCGCCCUGAGAGUUCCGCUCUCGCCGCCACCCAACUAUUGUCCUCUUCCCUCAACCCCGCCACCCAGCUACACGGAGAGACCAAGGUCGGGUCAGGAACGAAGGUCCCACCAAGCAGAUGCAGUGCAUCCGGCCACACCAGCACGUGUAGUGGCAGUCCCACCUUCAGGAGCAACUUCUGCGGGCAGUGAGUUAGCAGCUCGUCAGCAGGCAAGAAGACGACGGCGACUAAGGGAACUCCAGCAGCAGCAACUGCAAUUUGCAUCAAGCACAGACAGCUCCAGUAGCUCCGGAUCCAGCUGCUCCGAGUUGGUCAGUGGUGGCAGUGCCACUCGACGCCAUCGUCGACGCAGACGGGGAUUAAGAGAUGCCUAUUGUCCGGAUCUGUUGCACGCCUGCUCCCUGAUCCUCCAGCAGCCCGGCAGCAGCGACAGUUCCGUUGGAAACUUCACGGCCACGCCCCCGCCCCCAACGACAGCUCCGGCACCUGGUCACCAGGAUCUCCGGAAUCCCGAACCAGAGGAGAGCUUCGAGUACAGCUCGGACUAUGUGGAGAUCGACGAACUGCUGCCACUAGUGGCCGGUGGGCGAGCCAAGAGCACUCCGCAGCUGGCGAUGGGUCAGAACCUGAGCCUGCGACGGCCGCGCAUCUCACUGACCUGGGUGCUCCGAGAGCAGCAGCAGACGCAGACGGCGCCACAGACACCAGCUCCACCAUCACCGCAGAAGGAGGUGCCCAAGGAAUCGGCGGAUGCGCAAGGGGAUCGGAAGGAGAACGAGGUCUAUCUGUCCGCCCGGACGGAACCCGUGCCCACCCAGCUGGAUGUCACCAAGAAGCGGUACCGGGUCAAGCAGCUGCCAAGUGGCGGUGAGCCACUCAAUGGCUAUGCCACCACGCCCACCGCCCACCAGGCUCCGCCCAACGGUCACCUGGCCAACCAGAAGUUCUUCAGCAAUCAGAAUCUGCUGGAUGUGUCGAGGACUGGUCCGAGCAGUGCUCCUCCAGUGGCCGCCGCCUCCACCAAAGAGCUGCUCUUCGUGUGCACACCACAGAGGGCGCCGCGCAGCGAUAAUCACAGUGAAGCCCUGCUCCUGGCCAGAAAGCGGAACGAGAUCCGCAAGAAGUUGGCCUCCCGCUUGCAGCAGGCCAGAUCCAGUGCAGGCUCGCAGGCGGGCGGUGGUGGUGGUGCUGAGGCCAGGGGUUCGGCAACGGGGGCAGAGUCCCUAAAGUGCACCUCCUACUCGGAGCCCAGCUUGGUGGCUGCCUCGGAGGGAGGAGCAGCUGCCCCCCAGCAGCAGCGGCGUCAUAGGCAUCGCAAGCGCCGGGAUCGGAAUCGGGUGCAGCGCUUUGGCUACGAGAUUCACAACGUGGAUGAGUUUCUCUCCCGCUGCUCGCUGGCCACUCCGGGCAAUAUACCCGUGGUCCUGGCCACAGCAAGUACCCUCUACCAGACGCGACCGGGUGGCUAUCAGCUGGAGAUCCCUCUGCCACUGGGCAUGGUGGUGAAUGCGGUGUUCAAGAACCAGAACUGGCUGUAUGUGCAAACACCCCACGCGGAGGAGGGCUACGUGGGCUAUGCCUGCUGUCUGCCCCUGGGGAUUCUGCCGCAGCAGGCGAGGAAUGGGUCCAGGAACACCCCCUGCUGGGAGUCCAAUGCGGAUGUGUUUCCCCGUCCGUGUGGCAACAUGACGGAUUCGGAGAAGGAGAUCCGGCUGCGUGGGGGCACCCGUUCCGAUGGCGCCCGCACUCCACGCAGCAGCUCCACCAAGGCCGCUGAAGAUCAGAUCCUUAAGAUCAGCGCCAGCACCACCACCACCAUCAACAACAACAACAACCACAGCAACAACAAUAACCAAACAAACAAUGUGAAAGGUGGGAGCACGGCCAGCUCCUUGUACGGCGAACAGCAGGUGGACAUGCUGUAUCUGAGGGCUGCCUCCAAGCCGCGCCUGGUGGAGAAGGCCUACGCCCAGUUGCGUUCCACGCGCCAAGUGGCCGCGGCAUCCGGUUCCGCUUCGGCCAAGAGCGGCGCCUCCCAGGAUGAGUAUGUGACCCUGAAGCAGAAGUCCGUCAAGAAGCAGCCGAAUGGAGGUACCCAUCUCCAUCAGUCACACCAGCCGGCGGCGGCGUCGAGGCGACUCUCCAACGUGUCCUACAUCACCAACGGUCAGAAUGGCCAGCAUCUGCAUCCAAAGUUGGCGCCACUGGUGCCGCCACCCUACGAACACAAGCCGGCGAAGAACCAGGCGGAGGCGGAGGCCACCUUGAAGGCCCUGCGCCGCCGUCAGGAGGAGGUGGGCCAGCGGCAAACUCUAGUCGCCAUCAACACGGACUACAUCACGGAGAGCAUUGCGGUGCACAAGGGCGAGAUUGUGACGCUGUGCGAGUGCCGCGAGUCCAAGGACCAGCGCCAAUGGUUCUACAUCCGGACGCGGGACGGACGCGAGGGCUUCAUUCCGGCCGAGGUGGCCGGCCAUGGCUACCUGUAGACCUCCAUCCGCCUAAAGAUGGGUCGCUUUGGGUCACUCAAGGGGAUUCUAGAAGCCGAAAGUAAUCUUUGAACACUGCCAAGUGGCUUUUCUGAACCCAUUUUCAUAUCACCUUAUCUUAAUUUUUACGAUAUAUAUUCAUAUGUACAGCUUCGGUCACAAUAAUAGUAGUUUAUUAGCUUAUGAAAAAGGCAAAAUAAAAAGUUUUUAAGCUUCUUUUGAAAAACUUCUUAAUAUUUAAAAAAUAAGUUUAAACUGAACACUAAAAUUAAAGAAUUUCCAUUACAAAACAUUUUAAAAUAUUAAUAAAAAUGUUUAAUGGAACUUUUUUUUUUUAAUUUUUGGUGUUACUUAAGUUGUUAGAAACUUGUUUAUUCCUAUCCAAUGUCCAGUAAACGAGUAUAUUUAAUUUGCUUUAAAUGGUUUACUAUCGUUUACUUCUAGAAUAUUUAACACUUUUCAAUUUUUAUUAAAAAUAAUUGCCUUAUGUCUUACAGUAUUUUGGACUACUAUUAUUUUGACCGCAAAUGUAUAUGAAUCCAGCUUGUUGGUAAAUCAAUGAAUAAAAUAAAAUGCUGUAUUACUGGGUAUAAAAUCAUAGUUUAUCCAAAAGAUUACAACAAAAAGGAUUCAAUUCCUAUAAGUUUUUCAAAGUUUACUUCCAUUCUUUAUCCCAAAACGACCCACCCAACCCAAUCCAACCCAGCCCACCCUAAAAUCAAGUCAAGCUCUAAAUUUAACUCAAUUAUAAGUAUAUCCAUCUUAAGCACUUAUAGGCCAGACAUUCCAUUCUCGAUCCUUAGUACGCUUCUAGUUGUAAACUCGUAUCGGUGUCUGUAAUUGAAUACUUGUAUCUGUGUAUGUGUGUGCGUGUGGAUCCUUCGAAGGAUCUUGUAUUUAUCUAGCCUAGCAUUACGAGUAGUCUAUGUAAUAGAAAACUUGCUUACCGAAAAUCAAAGAGGAAAGCGCAGACGGAAACUAUUUAUAAAAAAU